AUGAUGAUGAUGAUGAUGGUGAUGAUGAUGGUGAAAGGCUUCGGGUCAACUUUGACUGCGAAGUCAACCACAUAUACUAUGAUGUUCGUUCCCCAGAUGAUAUUGGAACCAGUCGUCCAAAAUUCACCUAUCAAUGCCUCGAACAACAUAAAAAAACAAUCUAUCUUGAACAAAGAUGAGAUUGUAAAGCGGGGUCGCGAAACUCGCCCCAAAAAGUUUCCCAACAGGCUUGCAUGCUAUUUGGACUGCACGUUUGUAUUCUUAAAAGACCAUCGCAUGUAUCGGUGCCAGCAGUGUUUGGUGGCUAGCGUUAUGAGGGAGUCACUGGCGGCAGCGGAGGUCAAGAUGGUGCCGGCGAGUGAGUCAUCCAUCAAGAAGGUCCUAAAGAAGGUUAUAGUUGGUCAAGGGGGAGAGUCAAUAAGGAGAAAUUAUCUGAGUGUAAGUGAUGAUGUGAAGGAGGAGGAAGAGGGUGGAAAGAGAAAGAGGAGGAGGAUUAGUGUGAGUGAAAGUGAGAGUUGCAGUGUUUGUAUGGAUGAGUUUGAGGAAGGAACAACUGUCACUUGCAUGCCAUGCUCUCAUGUGUUUCAUGGCGAGUGCAUAGUAAACUGGCUCAGACAAAGUCACUACUGUCCUGUUGCCGCUUUGAGGUGCCGACUGAUUGAUGAAAACCUUUGCUUAAUUGGUUCGAUGUAA